UUUUUCAGAAAACGUGAAUUAUUAAUUACAAGGAAAUGGAGAAGAGUAAACGACCUAGGAAGACCAAGGUGGGAGGACUGAGCCCCGAGCAAAUUGCAAUUUUGGCUCGAGAGUGGAAUAAAUGCAAUUUUUGGAUUGAAUCGAAGCAAAGGUUUUGCCGACUUGAUAGGCUAUGCAACGAGAAACCCUAUUGUGGGGAACAUCUUCCUGCCUUUUGUACCGUUGUGAGCCCAGAUGGAUUUGUAAUGGAAAGGAUUCCAUGUCCGAUAGAUUCGACACAUACUUGUUAUAAGCAUAUGUUGGAGAAGCACUUGAAGAAAUGUAACAAAAAACCCCCAGCCAUCCUACCACCGUACAUUCAGAAAGGUGUCAACUUGGUGACAGAUCUUGGAUAUAAGAAAUUUAGCGAAAAGGAUUCUCAACAGAGCUGUCGGCUACCGUCUGAAAAAGACAAGGAAGAACGAUACAAAAAUAUCGAAGCAAUGAAUAGCGAAGAUUUUUCUAUAUUGCUCGAAAAAAUCGUAUCCGUGCAUUCUGAUAACAAACUAACUCCUAGAGUAGAGUAUGGAUUGUCGGAAUCAGUGGCUGGCGAAUUGUGUCGCUCCGACAUUGGAGAGAGGGCUGCUAAACAUUUGACUCAAAUUGCAUCUAUACUAAAUUUACUGGAAGUUUUUGGACUUGUCAGAGAUAAUACCGCAUUUGUCGAGUAUGGUGGUGGACGGGGCACUGUUACGUUCCAUUUGGCUAAUUUGGUGAAGGAAAAGCACUUUAAUAAUUGCAAGUUCUUCGUGAUUGACAAAGCUAGUCCCCGGUAUAAGCAGGACAACAAAUUGGCAGAUCUAGGUUUGAAUGUUGUAAGAAUCAGGUCGGAUAUUAGCGACGUCCUUGUGGGAGAGUUGCCUGGAAUGAACGAUCCUACCAUUUUAAGGAUUGUUGGUGUAACCAAACAUUUGUGUGGCGUUGCUACAGAUAUGGCCUUGUUCUCAUUGUUGUCCGAGACUAGCAAUUCUUUGUGUCAUAUCGUCUCUGGAUUUUGUUUCGCUACAUGCUGUCAUCAUAGGUGCAAAGCUAACUCUUAUGCUGGAGCAUCCUGGUUGCAUGAGAAAAACUUCACCAAUGGCGAUAUGAAUAUUAUUAUGCAAAUGUCUUCGUGGGCUACAUGUGGAGAUCCUGACGGUCGGAUAGAAAGCGUCAAACCAAUCACAGAAUCAACGUUAAAAUACUUGAAGAGCAUGGAAAAUAAAAUUCCACUAGUAUUUUUCAAAAACACAAUUGGGGAAUUUGCUAAAGACAUCUUGGACAAGGGACGAGCCGAUUUUGGGAACCAUUCUGUCAGUGGCUCAUUAGGUCAGGUGGUACAAUUUACGGACAUGGCCAACACCAUUGAAAAUCGUGCUCUUGUGAUGUCCCCCUCUUCCAAAAACGAGACUAAUGAGACGCGUUGAAAUUCGACGCAUCAUUUAUUCUAAGUUGUACUCGCCUUGUAUGAUAUUAUUAAAGUUUCCGAGCAGAUUAAUAUUUUGUAAUUGAAUCAACAGUUAGUGUUGAAUGAUAACUUACACAUACGUAUGUAGCUACAUUAGUAACUUAUUAAAAACUGUCAAGUUAUCAGUAUUUUGGCAAACUAAAGUUAGUCUUUUUAAAAAUUGACCAAUUUUAUACAAACAUUGAAAUUGAAUAGCAUAAUCAUUUAAACAUUGUGAAUAAAGUACAGAUUUUAUUAUUUUUAUA